AUGGUGGCCAUCAUUGCUUGGCUGCUAGUGACUGGAGCAGCUGCCAGCGGCUGGAAGGACUGUGGUGAUGAUUGGACAGGCUGCUGCAAGCAAGAUGCCAAGUAUUCUGCAGUGAAGCCAUUGGUGACCUUCACCAACGUCACGGAGCUCAAUGCACGUGGAGAGGCCGAUGUGGUACAUAUCAAUGACCCUUUCUUCACCAUUGAGGUGAAAGGUAAGUCUUUGGCCCAAGAGACCAUCUCCAACAUCACUGUGCAAAUCCGUGGCUACUGGUCGCUCUCACAACAAGGCCCCUGGCUACGAUACGUGAACGUACGGAAGGACCUCUGCAGCGACAAGGAUGUGGUGGUCCGGAAGGGCUUCUGCCCCAUGACGCCAGGUGCUGAGAUUGACAAGACGCCAGGCCCGCUCUACGAACGCUCGGGCCGCUGCACCGAGGGCUCCGAAGUCUACUCCUUUGGCAUGGUCAUGCUGGAGAUCAUGACAGGCUUGGCGCCUUCGUCCACUGACCCUUCAGCUCCAGGAGGCAUCUCCUAUCCAAUUGCUGAGCGUGUUGCACCCAACUGCCCUGGAGCACUCGAGCGCAUGAGGUGUGGGGACGUGACAGCUGAUUGGCCACCGGCUCUCUUCCAGGAACUGGCCUUGACUGCACUGCGUUGCGUGAGCACAGAAGAGCGCCACCGUCCUGGCUUUGUGGACUUGGUUCGCUUGCUGAAAGUCCUUGUUGAACGUUUUCCCAAACCACUCGGAAACCAGGCCUGCCAGGCCUGCCAUGCGCCCAGCUUGAGGCUAUCGCACACACCAACUACGCCCGCCACGCUGCCUUCGCAAAAGACGAAUCGGUCACCCAGAAUGUCUACAGCCUUCGUAAGGACGCCUGACAAGGAGGAUGCCAACGGACACUUUGUGCUGGAGUUGUUGGACUCCGCAGGCUGCAAGACCGAGGCUUUGGCUUCGAACUGGCGGUACCUCCCCUUGAAGCGAGGCACUGGCAGCUUCAACUCAGCAGCUGUCGGGCGAGAUCUACAAAGUUCGAUUUUCGAGGCCUGGUUGCCAACACCGCGUGCUUGCUACCUUUCUCGCAAAGCAAUCGAGAUUCAAUGGGACUCCUCUGGUGAGGCGAAGCUGUUGGCCUGUGGCUCCAACCCUUUGCUGGUAGAUGGACAGCUCUUGGAGCGAGGUGCCAAGUUCACUGGAGUGCUCAAGAAGGGUCAUCAGGGACGGGAAGCCCCGCUGCGACGUGGCUCAGAGAUCACCUUUGGCUAUGAGGGGAAGGUUUUGCUGCGGCUGCGGUUCAUGGCCUAUGAAGAUUCGUCCUUCACCCCGUUGUGGUGUGUCGAGCGCUCUCGCCGACUUGAUGCCGAUGACUUGGCCGGGGGCGCCGAUGUCGGUGUGGCGUUGAAUCGUCGAUGUGAUCGUGAACCAGCAUACACCAAGGCCAUCCGUGUGGCGGGUGAGCAUGGAGCUUGGAAGGAUUCGGUAGCUCUACUUGAGGAGCUCAAGCAAAAGCGCUUGUCGGCAGACGCUGCGGUCUACAGUGCUCUGAUGGUGGCUGCUCGGGCUCACUGGCCACUGGCGAUGGCAAUGCUUGGGGAAUCCAGUGCACAAGGCAACUUGAUUGUUUGCAAUGCCGCGAUCUCCGCAUGUAAGAGCACCUGGCUGCGUGCUAGCGUUCUUUUGGAUGAGAUCUGGCAUCAAGGCCACCAAGCAGAUCUGAUCUCCUACAGUUCCAACGUCAUCUCCUGUAGUGAAGCAGGGCAGUGGCUUCAUGCAUGCAGUCAGCUUCAAGAAUUCAACCUCCACCAGUUGAGAAGGAAUUCAAUCUCUUGCAGCUCAGCUUUGCGAAGUUGCAACCCUUGGGUCGCCAGCAUGAUGUUGAGGGAGGCUGAAGAGGAACAUGUUGAGACCAACGUGGUUUGUUACACAGCAGCCAUAAGCAGAAGCGAUGGCUCCAUUGGUGUUUGGCUUCUAGCCAUGUCUUUGAUUCGAACACUGCAAAACAAACGGCAGCAGGGGAAUAGCAUUUCCUUUAACUCUGUGAGCAAAGCCUGCGCCGCACAGACACAAUGGACCACUGCAUUGUUCUUCUUAGAGCUCUUGAGGCACAGAAGCUUGAAAGCAGAUGAUUUCAGCUACAACACGUCCAUUGAUGCGCUCACAGGUACAAACCUAUGGUGCGUGGUCCUAGGCCAUUUGCAAGAGAUGGAUCAGAAGAAGAUUCGACUGGAUGGCAUAUCCUUUAGCUCGGCCAUGCUGGCGUGUGGCGUGCGCUGGGAGGCCGCCUUGGUUUUGUUGCAGGACAUGCAUUGGCGGCGGGUGCGGCGUAGCCAGAUUGACCUGGGUGCUGCUUUGCAAGCUUGUGCUAGCUGUAGCCAGUGGCGACAAGCUUUAUCUUUGUUGCAGCACUUGGAGGCCACGGGGUUGGAAUUAGAUGUGAUUUGCUACAGCGGCGUCAUCACAGCAUGCAGCAACGGAAGUGAGUGGCGACAAGCUCUGGCAGUGCUUGAGAUCAUGAAUCGCACCUCCUUGGCAUCAAAUAUUGUCCCCUAUACUGCCGCCAUGAGUGGCUGUGGGAAAGCCAAGUAUUGGCAAGCUGCAAUGGCCCUUCUAGAAGACAUGGAGCUGAAGAUGUUCGAGGUUGGCAUCAUAUCACUGAAUUCAGCUAUCAGUGCUUGUGGGGAAGCAGCAUGUUGGUUAAUGGCCUUGGGAUUUCUUGAAGCACUUGAUGAACGAUUGCUUCAAGGAAACUCCAUCUCCUUCAAUGCCUCCAUUGUUGCUUGUUGUGCUGUGGCCCAAUGGCAGGCAGCACUGGACAUUUAUCACCAAAUGGACGACCAGUCAGUGCCAGCAAGUGCAGUGACAUUCAACUCCAUAAUGCUUGCAUGCAGUAAUGCUCGGGAAUGGCAGGCAGGGCUGAUGUUGCUGCUGAAUUUGAAGGAGCUGCGAGUACUCCCAGAUGCUGUCUCGUACAGCACCACCAUUUGCGCCUGUGGUCUCGGAAGUGCAUGGCAGACCGCAUUGUCCUUGUUAAGGUCGCUUGAACAUCAGAGGCUCUAUGAUUUGCUGUGCUUCAGCUCUGCUAUAACUGCUUGCGACAGUGGGGGCCAGUGGCAGCGUGCCUUUCAGAUCUUUUGGGAAGCACGAGCCCAGACCAAGCUCGACGUCAUGUGUCACCGUGUGGCUGCACGUGCCUUGGACGAGAUCUAUGAAUGCCCACAGCGCUGGAAACUGGUGCAGGGCCUCUUUGUGGAUCUGGGGGAUCGGGCGUUGGAAGCAGACCUGGCCAUGCACACAACAGCGGCCAAAUGCUUGGGCGAGGAGACAGGGGACAUGGAUUCAGCAGCCAAGCAGGGAGGAAUUGCUUCAGUUUCUGAAGCUGUGGAGAGGCUCAAUGAGGGCUCCUCGAAAUGCUCUGGCGGCGUUUGCUUGGUCUUCUCUCCUGCGGACUGCAGCUACUUCCUGCUGUUUCGCAAGGACUGCCAGGCGCCGGUGCCACCAAGCCUGGCAGUCAAGCCCGGUCUCAGCUGGACACCACCUGAUGAGGUCCUGUGUGAACUCCGAUGUGCCCAGGUGGAGGGGAUGACCACCGAGGAGCUUCAGGCGCUGGCGCCAGAGGUGCGAGACAUGCCCGUGCUGCUUGGCCAAAACUUCAUCCACCCCGAGGAACUGCUGAAAGAUCCAUUGGAUCGCUUGAGUCUACUGCGGAGCUUGCAACUGCAUGCUUGCCCCGAUCAGUUGAGCCUCACGAACUUGGGUUGUGAAGGUGGAGUGGGCAUCCGUGUGGAUGAGGAGGAUGUGCCCAAAGGAGGCACGAUCAAUCUUCAUCACAGCCAGGCAGUGCGACUUGUGAAGAAUGAUGGCGGCUUGCUGCGUACAUCGCUACUUCUGCAGGUGCAUUGGCCAGAUCAGCCAGAUGCGUUGGAACCACCAUCAUUGGCACAACGAGAGCCAACGAAGGGCUUUGAUCGGAGUUUUUGUGUUUCGCCCAGGACGCCAGAUGUGGCACCCUUUGCAGUUGAGCCCGGCUUGCUGCCACCUCCGCGUUGCCGGCCACUGAAGCCGUUGGAGGCGAUGCGAGAGGAGCUCGAGACGCAAGUUGAGGCUCCGAGCAUCAUCCUGGAGAUUGGGGGCAGUGGGGCCAAGGAUUUGCCGGCCGAGCGUCGACUCUGGGGGCCGAUCACCUUGGGGAACGAUCCCUACAUCAUAGGCAGGCGUCACCAGAAGGAGUUCUUGCAGAGGACAGUUCGGGAAGAGUGCUUGGAUUUCAUCAGCCGAGAUCACUUCGGAAUUGCGUAUCGAAACAAGACCUUCAUUCUGCUUGCGCUCUCACAGAAUCGCAUUUCGCUGGAUUUAGGGAAGGUCUUGGGCAUCAGGAGCCUCCAAAAGGACGAAGCUUUUCCCUUGCGACCCGGGCACCGAAUCCUUUUGGGAGCUGCUGCCCAGGCGGAAGAUGCUUCGCAAGCCUGCCGUUCGGUGCUUUCUUGGCAUUUCAGCCUUGCUGAUCGGUCGCACCUGAACGAAGCCAAGUAG